AACACUUCUUACACUUUCCUCUCCACCCCACCCUUGGUUUAGUCUUCGCUUCUCCUUUCUCCCAACCACGAGAAGAAAAAGGCGAGAACCUCGCCGAAUCGGAGAUACGCGAAACCAAACAUCGUAAGGUUUUUGGAUAUGGCGUCGAAGCGGAUCUUGAAGGAACUCAAGGAUCUCCAGAAGGAUCCACCCACCUCGUGUAGCGCAGGACCUGUUGCUGAAGACAUGUUUCAUUGGCAGGCAACGAUAAUGGGUCCCACAGACAGUCCUUACGCUGGAGGUGUUUUCCUUGUUACCAUCCACUUCCCUCCAGAUUACCCUUUCAAGCCUCCUAAGGUGGCCUUUAGGACGAAGGUGUUCCAUCCCAACAUUAACAGCAAUGGAAGCAUUUGCCUCGACAUCUUGAAGGAACAAUGGAGUCCUGCUCUCACCAUUUCCAAGGUGCUGUUAUCGAUCUGUUCUUUGCUAACCGAUCCAAACCCCGAUGAUCCUUUGGUACCUGAGAUAGCUCAUAUGUACAAGACUGACAAGAACAAGUAUGAGUCCACUGCACGGAGCUGGACUCAGAAGUAUGCCAUGGGAUGAAAAAGGAAGACCCCAAAUCUUCUAAAAGCUAUCUCUUUUUAUUUUUUUUUAAAAAAAAAUCUGCCGUAAUUUCUAUGUAUGAUUCAAUAGACAUCUCUUUGUGUCCUUUUUAAAUUUCUGAAUGACAGGACCAAGUCAAGUGGGUCUUGUUUUGAAACCAAACAUCAUCUUUUGUGAAAACAUGAAACUGAGAAUCCU